AUGGCACCAUCCGCAAUCGUUGUUCCGUCACAAGAGAAGGCACCCGUUACCUCCUCAGAAUCGAAAGGCAACGCCUCUGUUGGCGCGCUUGGAAAGACAAAGGACGGGAGGUCGUUGAAAGUUCGUGCAUAUCCUAAGUUCGAUACAUUGGAAGAGGAGAGAUUGUACAGGAAACAGCAUCUUGCCGCUGCGUUCCGCGUAUUCGCUGAGCGAGGCUUCGAUGAGGGCGUUGCAGGCCAUAUCAGUGUGCGAGAUCCGAUUCUUACAGACCACUUUUGGCUGAAUCCACUGUCGAUGCACUUCUCCCAAAUCAAGGUUUCAGACCUGAUUCUCGUGGACGAGGACGGCGCCGUGGUCGAAGGGAACGAGCCGAUCAACGCUGCAGCGUUCGCCAUCCACUCAGAGAUCCACAAAGCUCGACCGGAUGUUCACGCAGCAUGCCACGCUCACAGCGUAUAUGGCAAGGCGUUCUCUGUCUUCGGUCGAGAACUAGAUAUGAUCACUCAAGACAGCUUGAGGUUCUACAAGGACCACGCCGUAUACCCACAAUUCGGAGGUGUUGUCCUCGACCGCGAAGAAGGAAAGAGGAUCGCUUCUCACCUUGGUACCGGCAAAGCGAUUAUCCUCCAGAAUCAUGGACUGGUCACCGUCGGCGAGACCAUCGAUGCCGCUGCUUUCUGGUUCCUGAGCUUGGACAAGACCUGUCAUGCACAGCUGCUCGUCGACGCAGCGGCGCAAGGGAGCGGCCACAAGAAGACGUUCAUCAACGACAAAGAAGCUGCCGACAGCUUUGCACAGGUUGGAUUGCCUUCGAAAGGCUGGCUUGCGUUUCAGCCAUAUUAUGAUGAGAUUUUGGCGAAGACGAAUGGUAGCUUCUUGAAGUAG